GCGCGGUCACGCUGCUGGAGCUGCUGUCACGAGCCUUAUCCAGUAUCCAAGCCGCGAAGUGGAGGUUGGCGAAUUAGAACGGUCAUCAAUUAUACAUCUUAUUUACCAUAUUUGUGCGAACUAAAUAGAGCAGAUCUGUAGAUACACAUCUCUGGUUAGCAAUUAAGACCAUUGACAUAGUUAUUACGUUCAUCGGUGAUGUAUUCCAGCAUUUGAAUGAUAAUGCUAGCCAGCUAGCUAGCUAGCUGUUAGUCUAGCUUUACGGUGCGUGACUCGAAGUAACUUAACGAAAUAUUCUCUGGCGUUACUUUCAAUAACACAUCUGACUGCAUUUCACUGAGAGACAUUUAGUUAUUUGGAUGAUUUUAACUUUGGUCAAUUAUUGCCGUAGAUGUACGCAUCGCCUCUAAUCCUAGCUAGAUAAGGAUUGAAUGAAAUAGCUUGCUAUAGCCUGCGGAAACGAGCCAGGAGUAACGUUUACUUAAUCUGCUGCUGGUCGAUCCACUGCCAUUGAGGUAAUAUAGCAAAUGUUAUUUAACCUAGCCGUCCGCAAGCGUACGGUGAUCUUAAUAGGUAACAUUCAUCCAUAAAGUUGCAGCGAACGACCGGAUCAGCUAACGUUAAGCUAACUACUACUGCACGUCAAGUUGGCCAUCUUCCACUCCAGCCUGGUGAGAAAAGCUGACCGACAACAGUUAAGGCCGGAGUAAGGACAGAAACCUGCAAAAAUGCCGGCUGUAUCGAAAGGAGAUGGAAUGCGAGGAUUAGCAGUUUUUAUUUCGGACAUCAGAAAUUGUAAGAGCAAGGAAGCUGAGAUCAAAAGGAUUAACAAAGAGCUGGCCAACAUACGCUCCAAGUUUAAGGGAGACAAGGCUCUGGAUGGCUACAGCAAGAAGAAAUAUGUCUGCAAGCUGCUCUUCAUCUUCCUCCUUGGCCAUGACAUUGACUUUGGACACAUGGAAGCAGUCAACCUGCUGAGUUCCAACAAGUACACAGAAAAACAGAUUGGCUACUUGUUUAUCUCAGUGCUGGUAAACAGUAACAGUGAGCUCAUCCGUCUGAUCAAUAAUGCUAUUAAGAAUGACCUGUCCAGCCGCAACCCCACCUUUAUGUGCCUGGCACUGCACUGCAUUGCCAAUGUUGGUAGCCGUGAAAUGGCUGAGGCAUUUGCUAGUGAGAUCCCUCGGAUCCUGGUCGCUGGUGAUACAAUGGACAGUGUGAAACAGUCUGCUGCCUUGUGUCUGCUGCGGCUCUAUAAGACCUCCCCUGACUUGGUGCUGAUGGGUGAGUGGACGUCCCGCGUGGUGCACCUGCUCAAUGACCAGCACAUGGGUGUAGUGACAGCAGCCAUCUCUCUCAUCACCUGUCUGAGCAUGAAGAAUCCAGAUGAGUUUAAGACCUGUGUUUCUCUGGCAGUCUCCCGACUCAGCCGCAUUGUGUCUUCAGCCUCCACUGACCUGCAGGAUUACACCUACUACUUUGUCCCCGCACCAUGGCUCUCCUGCAAGUUGCUGCGUUUGUUGCAGUGCUACCCUCCGCCAGAAGAUGGUGCGGUCAAGGGGCGUCUGGUAGAAUGUCUUGAGACCAUUCUCAAUAAGGCCCAGGAGCCACCAAAAUCUAAGAAGGUCCAGCAUUCCAAUGCCAAGAAUGCUAUCCUUUUUGAGGCUAUCUCACUUAUCAUCCACUAUGACAGUGAGCCCAACCUGCUGGUACGAGCCUGUAAUCAGCUGGGUCAGUUCCUGCAGCACAGGGAGACUAAUCUGCGUUACCUGGCCCUGGAGAGUAUGUGCACGUUGGCCAGCUCUGAGUUUUCCCAUGAAGCUGUCAAGACACACAUAGAGACAGUCAUCAAUGCCCUCAAGACUGAGAGGGAUGUGAGUGUUCGACAGAGGGCUGCCGACCUCCUUUACGCCAUGUGCGACCGCAGCAAUGCUAAGCAGAUUGUAGCCGAGAUGCUCAGCUACCUUGAGACGGCGGACUACUCCAUCAGAGAGGAAAUGGUGUUGAAAGUGGCCAUCUUGGCAGAGAAGUAUGCGGUGGAUUACUCCUGGUAUGUGGACACCAUUCUGAACCUGAUUCGGAUCGCUGGGGACUACGUCAGUGAGGAGGUGUGGUAUCGCGUCAUUCAGAUCGUCAUCAACCGAGACGAUGUGCAGGGCUACGCUGCCAAGACUGUCUUUGAGGCCUUGCAAGCCCCUGCCUGCCAUGAGAACAUGGUAAAGGUCGGAGGUUAUAUUCUGGGAGAGUUUGGGAACCUUAUUGCUGGUGACCCACGCUCCAGUCCUCUGGUCCAGUUCAACCUUCUCCACUCCAAAUUCCACUUGUGCUCUGUGCCGACACGUGCCCUGCUGCUGUCGGCCUACAUCAAGUUUAUCAACCUGUUCCCAGAGACCAAGGCUACCAUUCAAGAGGUGCUGCGCUGCGACAGCCAGAUCCGCAACUCAGAUGUUGAGCUGCAGCAGCGUGCUGUCGAGUAUCUGAAGCUUUCUUCCAUUGCUAGCACCGAUGUCCUGGCCACUGUUCUUGAGGAGAUGCCUCCAUUCCCAGAGAGGGAGUCAUCAAUUCUUGCCAAGCUGAAGAAGAAGAAGGGCCCUGGUGCUGUGUCUGUGACAGAGCUGGAGGACAGCAAAAGAGAGGGUGGAGAACUAAAUGGGGGAGGUGACCGGGGGUCAGACACGGCAGCCAUGGCUGCCUCUAAUGCUUCCACCCCAUCACCAUCAGCAGACCUAUUGGGGAUCCGUUCUGCUGCUCCUAUUGGUGCUGCUCCAGCCAGUGCUGGUAGCCUACUGGUGGAUGUCUUCUCUGAGGCGGGGCCUGCUGCACCAUCUGCUGCCGUGAGCGAUGACGGCUUCCUGAGAGAUCUGGAACAGCCCACUGAGACCUCUGACUCCCUAUUGGUGGAGGGUUCUGGUGACUCAGACUCUGCUCCUCCCUCUGAGGAUCCUGCUCCUCCUCUGUCUGAGGCAGACGAACUUCUUAACAAGUUUGUAUGCAAGAACAAUGGAGUUCUGUUUGAGAACCAGCUUCUUCAGAUUGGAAUCAAGUCAGAGUAUCGUCAAAAUCUGGGGAGAAUGUACUUAUUCUUUGGAAAUAAGACAUCUGUGCAGUUUGCCAGUUUCACCACAACAGUGAGCUGUCCUGGAGAACUGCAGUCUCAGCUCAAUGUUCAGACCAAGCCGGUGGAACCCCUGGUAGAAGGAGGCGCUCAGAUCCAACAGGUGCUCAACAUUGAGUGUCUGACAGACUUCUCUGAAGCCCCGCUGCUUAACAUCAAGUUCAGAUAUGGAGGAGCUCUGCAGAACUUGACCCUGAAGCUCCCUGUCACUAUCAACAAGUUUUUUCAGCCAACUGAGAUGGCCUCACAUGACUUCUUUCAGCGCUGGAAACAGCUCAGCCAGCCACAGCAAGAAGCACAAAAGAUCUUCAAGGCCAACCACAGCAUGGACACUGAAGUACUUAAGGCCAAGCUUCUGGGAUUGGGAACGGCCCUGCUGGACAAUGUCGAUCCAAAUCCAGAGAACUACGUGUGUGCUGGAGUGAUUCAGACUAAGAGCCAGCAGGUUGGCUGUCUGCUGAGGCUGGAGCCCAACGCCCAGGCACAGGUACAUAUGUAUCGUCUGACACUGCGCUGCAGCAAGGACUCUGUGUCCAAGCGUCUCUGCGAGCUCUUGGCUGAACAGUUCUAAACUCCAGAUCCCCCAUCAUGACCAGUGCUCCCACCUUUCCCACCAGCGACCUUUCCCUGACCUCCCCAACCAAGAAUCUUUGAGUAAAAAAAGAUGUAACCUACAUAAGGGAAAAAGCAGCCGCUGCUCGCUGCAGUGGCCAUAUUAGUGUCAUUAUUAUUGUCCCAAGUUCUGAUUCCAGUUCAUCUUCUACAUGUUUAUUAACAUUAUGCUACAUUCUUGUUUUUGUUGGUGUUUACCUGUGUAGCUGGUGUGUGCGUGGCCAGGAAUGUGUGUAUGCAUCCCACAGUUGUGCUGGGUUCCCAUUCUGUACCAUCCUAACUGCUCAAUAGUACUGAUGCAGGGUGUGUUUGUGUGAAUGUGUGUGAAAUAAAUUGAACAGGCAGAACAUUCCUCACAGGCGAAUAGGAGAAGCUGUUAAUUGCACACGUGCACUGCCCCUCCCGACACGUCCUUACCAGUAUAACCUCUGGGAUUCCUGCGAACACUGGUGGGGCCCACUAAUGUAAUGAAACCUGAGGGUUCAGUACUCUGCUCUCUGCUGAUUUUACCCACUUCUUUUCUUCAAGCAUUCCCAGAGAAAAUGCACUUAAGGCUUUGGAAUUACUUUGAGAACCCACAGCAUGAGCCCUGGCUUUCUGAAGCCGUGUAAUCAAUCGCCCUUCAUUUCAGUGUAGUACAUUUGUUUAUGUUAUUGAUAUAUCUGUAAAUAUGUGCCAGUGUAUUACUUUAUCACUUUUUUAAAACAUUCCCAUCCUGCUUGUUAUGAAAUCUGGUGAUUAUCCAAAUCCAAGCCACCCUGUGUAGAAGGAUGGACAUAAUACUAACUAAAUGACGAUCCAGGGAUACAGUAUUACACCAGUUCUUUUGACUUGUUAAGUGUGUCAUGGACCCCGCUGGUCACUGCAGAGAGAUUUACAUUUACAAAACCCAACAAUGUUGUACCCCUAAAGUCUUUGUCUUCAAUAUCCAGAAUUUAAAAAAAAAAAGAACAAACAUUUGAUAUCUCAUCUUUGUGGUUCAUUUAACUGUUUUGGGGUGGUUAUGUUUGAUUUUUGUAAGACUAUUUCCCAUCUGGUUAACUGUUCCAAACAGAAUAGCACCUACUUCCUCAAAUUUUUCAAAGGGAAAAGUCAGAGACGCACCGCCUGCUACAGCGACUAAACCCAGCAUUGAUUUAUGUCUGAUUCAUCCCACACUGUACAGACACAGCAGUCUACAGUAUACAGCAAAUCUGCACACAGUCAGAUUCUGUCUUCUCUGCCAAGCACUUACACAAAAAAAUGACGACAACAACAACCACUACAGUAAAUGUUAAGAGAACAGGACGAUGUUAAAGAACUUUAUAAUGUUGUGAUUCAGGCAUCCGCAGCUGUUUCCCAAACUUCCUCUCAUGCACAAGCACUGAUGCGGGAGAGGAUGCACACUUGGCUGUCCUUUUCAACCACAGGAGACUCUGUAUUUGCGUGUGAAUGUGUGUGAGACUGAGCGUUUAAGAAAAAUAGCCUAAAGACAUUUCUGAUACAUGGUCACAUUACAUUCUGUGGCUGUGCAGCAAUCACAGGACAUUGAAUUUUGGUAGUGAAAAAUGUAGUCAUUUUGUCAUUUCUGUGAGUUUGUGUGUGUGUGUGUUUGUUUGUGUGUGUGUGUGCGUGCGUGUGUGUGUCUAUGCAGUAUCAAUUAGCUAUCGCAGCCUCAUGUAUUGGUGUUAAAAACCUGUCCAAUACCUGUGUUAGAAUUAAGAUUUACUCUGUAAUGAAAAAUGUGAAAGUAAAACUAUGCCAUAUAUCCAA